GUGAAAGUGUCCGAAAAGUGAAAGUGAAAUGAAUAAGGCCAAUUUGUACCACCAAGCUAACGGCGUACAGCGGCACGAUGCCGCGGAGAUCUUGAAAGAAUACGCCCCACUCAUCAGCAAGUCGCAGGCGAGCGAUGAUUCUUUGCUGGACAUCGGCUGCGGCAGCGGUGACGUGCUGGUGGACUUUGUGCUUCCCGCACUUGGCCGCGUGCGGAAGGUUGUGGCCGCCGACGUUUCGGAGCAGAUGGUGCGCUACGCCCGGGAGGCCUAUAAGCACCUCGCGUCGGUGUCGUUCCGAACCCUCGACAUUGGGCUGAAGCUGGACGCCAGUGGUUUGGCGCAGUUGGGUCAGUUCGGCCACGUGACGUCGUUCUACUGCCUACAUUGGGUCCAGAACCAGUACAAUGCUUUCUCGAAUAUCUACCAUUUGCUAAAACCGGGCGGAAACUGCUUGCUGGUGUUUCUGGCUAACAAUCCCAUCUUCGACAUAUACAACCAACUGUCGCGAUCACCGAAGUGGUCCAAGUACAUGUACGACGUGGAGAAGUAUAUUUCACCGUACCAAUAUUGUGAAAAUCCGGCCAGCGAGAUUGAGGACCUUCUGUGCACGGUGGGCUUUCAGCAGUACCAGAUUCAAGUGCGCGACAAGCUUUACGUUUACGAGGGACUGGAUAACCUAAAGCGAGCGGUGCUUGCAGUGAACCCGUUCAGCGAGCGAAUGCCGCCCGAUCUGCGGGACAAAUUUCUGCUGGACUACAUAGCGGUAGUGCGACAGAUGUACCUGUCCAAAGAAUGCAGCAACGAGAACGAAUGCACUCUACAGUUCAUUUCGCCGUACAAGUUGGUGAUCGUCUAUGCGAAGAAAUAGGGCGAAAGGUUCGCGAAAGAUCCUUAACUCUUAAGAUUAGAUGUUUAAGAACAACGGAUUGGUAAAUGUGUAUUGCUCUUAAGCCUGUAGUU